GCAUCGGGGUAAUUCAGCACAAUUAGGAUAUAUCUUUAAAGCAAGCAGGAAUCCUGCUAGAUAUCCUAAUAGGACAAAUGGAGAAGAUGUCCGAAAUCCCCUUUAAGUCUCAGAAUUUGGGAAAUAGAUGCGACUGUGCCAUUGAGAAGUGCGAGAGGGUUUAGCUAAAUUUCACAAAAUUAACCAGGAGGAUGAAGGGAUCAAAGAUGGAUGAUGAAGAGAUGGAAAAGGGAGAGAGGCAGCUGAUGAGGAAGAGGAAAAGAACUGCUGGGAUUGUUGUCGUCGGUGAAUCAAGAGCCAUGCUAGAUCAUCUACCUGAUGAACUGCAAUCCGAUAUUCUGACUCGGCUUCCGGCCAAGAAUCUUCACCAGUGCAUGUGCGUCUCCAAGGCCUGGUGCUCAAUCGUCCGGGAUCCUCCAUUCUUGAGGGCUUACUUAAGACAGCAACCCCAUGGCAGCCUCCUCGUCUCUAUCACUGAUGCCAGAGAUUACAAAGGUGACAUGUGGUUUCCUGAAAACCCUAUAGGUCUAGCUGUCUAUUACUCGCCACUCCUUCGAGUUCAGGAUCAGGGCCGGAAUCAGGUUCAAUGUCCGCAACCAUUUCUUAGCUUGGUUAAAAUCCCGUCUUUUGAUUUGUUCAAGGGAGUCACUAAAGUGGUGAAUGGGCUUGUUUGUGCUUAUGGGAGUAUCGGUGCCAUGGUCUGCAGUGUCGGUACUCGGGAAAUCGUGUGGCUUCCAGAAAUUAGUGGGUUCCGCAAUUCCGCUUAUGAAGAUUAUUACUUUGGGUACCAUCCUGGCAAUGAAGUCUACAAGUUGCUCAAGAUAAGCAAGUCUAAUUCUAAGCAGGAAGCCCACAUUCUGACGCUAGGCCGCGAUUCUUCUUGGAGAAAGCUGGCUAUUGGGCUUGAUGGGUCUUCUGAAAGAUUACCGGCUGACAGCUUCUUGUGUAAUGGAGUCCUUUACUGGGUGAUGCAUGGCCUGGUUGAGCGGCUGGGGCUGAUUUCUUUUGAUCUGAAGACGGAGAAGUUCCAAUUCAUUGAACCCCCCAAGCACCCCAUAUUUUCGUCCAGGCAAAGCUGGUGGAUACCCACGAAAUUCAGGGGACGGCUGGCUCUGUUAGUUUAUGGUUUCUGGAAAAAUGCAGAAGCUGAAUGUUUUUCCAUUUAUACACUGGAAAAUUGCGAUGAUCGUGGUUCUAGUUCCUGGGAUAGGCAUGCCAUCCCCACACCCCCUGAGUUUCGAGGUGCAGGUAGAUUUUGUGCACAACUUGUUGGCAACCUCCCCACAGGCCAGAUAUUGCUGACAGAUAUGCAUAUUUGGAAGCAUUGUGAUGAUUUCAUACCAAUAUAUUCUUAUGAUGACCAGAGAAACGAGUUCGAGAAGUUUAUAGUUGGCAGUAUCCCUCAGGAGACUAUUCGUGCUCUAGGAUUUACUUUUAGGUUAUCCUAUAUGGCACAGGAAAAUGUUGUAUCAUUGGCUGUCUUGUUUCGUAAGUGGGUGAAAUCAAAAGUAAAUGCAUCCACCAGUUAGUUGUGGUUUUGUCACAACUAUGGUUGUGAUGCUCUAAAAGAUAGGCAGAGAGGAAUGGUAGCAGCAGCUGUUGUUAAAUGAGGCAGAGUGAGUGAAUUGCUUGUAAUAUUCUUACAUGAAAUUGUUCAUUGCAGCGAAGAAUAGCAUUUUUCUGUGGCUAGAUGCAUUCAAGA